AUGCUUAGAAAACACUCGAAAAUACUGGUGUACGAUUGGACGAAGAAAGGUGAUACGGAUACAAUUGUUGAGGAUAUUGAACGCAUGGAUUUUGAUUUCUUCGAGUGGCAUUCGGGUGAUGUUUUCGAGGAAUGGUUCCAACUUAUCGAUGAGGUGUCGUGGGCUGGAUGGCGAAUUUAUGUUACACAGAAGACAAAGGCCCGAAGCCAUGCAUUCGAUGGCAUUUUAACGCACGAAGUCGGUGAACUGUAUAUAAAUCCUCGGGAUAUGGGUCAUUACAUUCAUACGAUGAAAAGAGAAGUGCUAAAAAGUCCAUACGGCUAUGGAUAUAUACGUGAACGAGGUGAUCCAAUUAGCGGAUUGAGUAUAAUGCGAGAAGGACACAUGUUGCCUGAGCCAUGGUACGAAUAUUACUUCAAAGAAGCUUACUACGAUGAUUGUAUGGCGCACGAAUCGGGAUUGGAUCCGUUAGCAACAAGCUAUGAUCCUGAUUAUGUACACCAUUCACACUAA